AUGAUUGCAGCCAUGCCAACUCCUCUCUUCCUACUCAAUCUUCCGGAUGAAGUUCUCAUUACAAUAUUCGGUUUCCUUGAUUUUAAAACCCUCCGCAACGCUACCCUGGUCUCCAAACUCUUUGACGACCUCGCGGAACCAUUCCUGUAUCACUCUAUCAAGAUCCUGAAUGGUCAGCAGGCCGCCGCUCUCUCUGCAGCUCUCUACGCAAACCCGCGUCGUGCAACAUGGGUUCGAUCUCUUCUCGUCUCAACCAAGUUUGGAGAGGACGAAGGCUUGGACAUUCUGCCACCACACAUCGGCCGGAUGCGCAACCUGCAGGAUCUAUGUCUUGAAACCCCUGACUGCAACGCCAAAUUCCCGGAGGAGAGAGUGGCUUGGGUCAACCUCCAGGACAGGUACGAACGUAUCUUCGAAAGUGCGUCGGCUGUUGUUCCCAAAGGAGACCGGGUCCUGCCCAGUCUGAGAAGCUGCACGCUGCAUUUUGUGGACGGCCAAAAAGAAAUCUAUUCGAUGACCAAAUACGCCAUGCUUUUCUUGCACCCAAACCUGCGCUCGUUGACCAUGUCUUGUGCGAGCACCGACUACCCAGACAGAAUACUUCGCCCCUUCCAAAAUGACAAGACUCUCAUCAAGUCGACGAACCUGGAAUAUCUGCACCUCGAAGAGUGUGAUAUCUUUGAGCCUUCUCUUGCCAUCCUAUUAAGCUUCCCCAAGGCUCUAAAAUCAUUGAAAGUCAGCGAAGGUAUCCGGUACGACGGCAUUUUCAGUGCCAGAAGCAGCCGCAUGCAUGGGAAUGUGAAUCCUGGCCAUUUUGUGGACGCCCUAGCUCUACACUGCACUGAUUCUCUCGAAUACCUGUCGUUAAGUCUUGGUCACUUAAGACAGGGGUUUCAAAACAUCAAUCAUGCUGGUCAGCACCUUGAUCUUACUCCAUUUCACGCUCUCAAGCAACUGGACCUGGAUGUUCGAACGGUCAAUCUGGUAAGGGUCCGGGUACAAUGCGACCACGCGACUUGGCGAAGGCUGCCUCCCAAUCUGGAGUCCCUGAAAAUCUUUGGGAUCCCUCUCGGAGAGCGACCUCCAUUCCAAGCAAGACGAAGAGUCUGGUUCCCCUUCGGCACCUGUAUCGUGACCGAGAAAGCAAGACACGGGCUUCGUCUCCUCAAGAACCUCAUAUAUUCUUAUGAAUAUUACCGGGAAGAUGACGAAAUCCCGCGACUCAGCAUAUCCGAUGAUGGUGAGAGCGUGGAAGAAAUCAGCCAAGUGUCACUAGCUCACCGGAGAAUGAUCGACAAAUGCAAUGAGCUACUGCCGCUUUACAGAAAGGCGAAUGUGAGAUUGGAAAUUGAGAUGGUCGCAUUGCCCAACGGUUUCAUUCCACCAUACUUGUUUCCCGAGGAUAAGCCCAGACAUUUCAAAUUGUGGGAAUCCGCAUCGAAGUGGAGAGGCAAUGCCAUGGUGUCUGCUAUUCCCGAGAACACCUGCGAUUACAAUCCCGAUCGCUGA